UAUUACAUGCAUAGCAAAAUACGGUUGUGUGCGGCGACGGUUUUUCGCUUCAUUUUGCUUUACACCAGAUCGAAUGAUGGUGUGGUGAUGGUGAUGGUGUUGGUGAUUUUGUCUUGAGGGGGUUACGACUUUAGUGACCGUUUAAAAUUUAGUUGAAAACUAAUUUUGAAAGCUGAUUGACGCCGAGUCUAGUAACGUCGGAAUUUUAUUUUUAAAUUAAGCUUGAACCGCUGAGAACGCGUAUAGCUUGUUUAAAUGGAAUCGCGUGUUUGCUACGGAACAAUAAUUAAUUCAAUAAAUUAUAAGAAACAAUGAUUUUGGUGUUUAUAAACAAAAAAAUUAACAAAAUAAAAAUUGCAAAUUAUUUUUAAAUUAAAAUUAUAUUAAAAAUUCGCUAUAGCUGUGAAUGUGUUCUCGAAUGCAUUAGUGAACUGAUUCGGGCAUUUUUAUAUUUUUUGCUAAUAAAAAGAAAAGAUUAAUUAAUAAAAUUAAAUAAGUUAAUUAGAAUCAAACAAAUCUCUGUGGUCCGUUCUUUGGCAUUGCACAAACCAAAGAGGCGAAAUGGAGCCAACCGAAGCUAAUAUUGAUAACAUUUCGCGCAUGGAAAGUGACGACGACAAUGUUGGAUUAAGUGAUAUUAUUGAUAUUUUAAACACUCUUGAUAACCAAAGCAUAGAUAUUAAUGGAGCAUCCACAGCACAAACAGAACCACAAAUGAACGCAGUGUUAACAUCUUUAAUGAACGCAUCAUCUCCAAGUUCCCCAACCAAUAUGCAGUCGCCGGUGUUUACACAAGGAUCACAACAAAAUCUACAAAACAAAUCCGCACCAAAACCAUUCAUUAAUAUUGUGGAACAACCAGCUACAAAGGCACUCAGAUUUCGUUAUAAAUGUGAGGGACGUUCGGCCGGUUCUAUACCUGGCCUGAAUUCUACACCCGAAAAUAAAACGUAUCCCACUAUUGAAAUAGUGGGAUAUAAAGGUGAUGUUGUCAUAGUUGUAUCAUGUGUUACAAAGGAUCCGCCAUAUAGACAACAUCCACAUUAUUUGGUGGGCAAAGAUGGUUGCAAAGAUGGUAUAUGUACCCUUGUCUUAAGCGGCGAACCUCUGCGAGCAGUUUUCUCUAAUUUAGGUAUACAAUGUGUGAAGAAAAAUGACAUCAAAGCUGCAUUGGAAGUACGUGAGCGUCUACAAGUGGAUCCAUUUAAAACGAAAUUCGGACACAAAGAUCAACCGGCGAGCAUAGAUUUAAAUGUGGUACGUUUGUGUUUUCAGGCUUUUUUAAAAACUGAGUCAGGUGUGAAACCAUUACAACCUGUUGUAUCGGAACCAGUUUUUGAUAAAAAAGCUAUGUCAGACCUCGUCAUUUGUAGACUUUGUUGCUGUUCAGCAAAAGUAGGUGGCGGUGAUGAAAUUAUUUUGCUAUGCGAGAAGAUUGCCAAAGACGAUAUUAAGAUUAUUAAAAUAAGGUUUUAUGAGCUCAGCAACGAUAAUCAACUUGUAUGGGAAGAUUUUGCUGAAUUUCUACCUACAGAUAUACAUAAACAGACAGCUAUCGCAUUUAAAACUCCACGUUAUCACAAUCAAGACGUAUUAGAGAAAGCAAAGGUUUUUAUUCAAUUGGUGCGGCCGUCUGAUGGAGUUCAAAGUGAAUCUAUACCAUUCGAGUACCACCCAGAUCCAGGUAUGCGUACUUUUACGCGUCUGCGCCGUAAACUUAAACGUAAAGAAGAUUUAGAGAUUUUUCAGCAAAUACUUUCAAUGGAUAGUGAAACAACAGCUACCAAAUACUCUUGUCCACCAACGGAUCCAGAUGCUGACAAUGAAUUUAACGAUACUGUAUCUACUGAUAGUAGUGCCAGCAAGCCAAAUAGUUCAGACACAUUGAACGAAUACGAUGAAGCCGUAAAACGUCAUACUGAAAGCGAAACUGAUGGUGGCAAUGAAAGUGAGAAAAUUCGUGGCAUGGAAAUAGAGCUAGAGGUACCUCAAAUCAGUUAUCCAGCUGCUGAUGAGAGCACGCAAACAUCCACACCAAUGGAAGACAUAUUGAAAAGUCAACAACUGGAUACACCAAGGCAGUUGUCUACAGUAGAUAAGAUAACCAAUUGGAUGCGUUCUAGCGAAUUUGAACGUACAGAUAGUUUAACUGUGGAAAAUGGGGAUACUAUAUCGCUAAGUCCAGUAACAGUUUAUACCAAUGUUACCACCUUUUCAGCUAACAAUCAUACAACAAUCUCAACUGCAACAGAUGAAGAUAAAACAUUUAAUGAACUUAUGGAACAAGUUGCCGAGUAUGAUGAUAUGUUUGCUGAUUCCAUUUCAAGACGUGGCACUUUAGAUAAUCCCAUCAUUAAAGAAUUGCCAAUUGGUGGCGUAGCAGUUAACGAAGACGAAAUACCCACCGUUAUUGAAGGUUUUGCUGGUACAGCCAGCGCACAAGCUUCAAUUGAACUUGACGAAAAUUUUGAUGAGACCGCUACUUACACUAGUCUACAAAUUGCUUUUAAGAAUCCUGUGGAAAUACCCAUUGCUACUAAGAAAGAAUAUGCAACUGUACCUAACACAGGAGCAAUCGUUAAUGAAGAUGAUGGCUUAGUUGUGCUUACCAAUCCCCCAGCACCCAGAAUUAAAGUAAAUUCUGCGCAAACUCCACCAUCUCCACUUUCUCCGCCAUUGCCACCACGCACUCCUUCUCCUGUACCAGACCAAAAACUUCCACCUUUACCACCGAAGCGAAAAACAUCUCAAGAGCUUAGUGGCACAGAAAGACCACCACCAAAUGAUGCCAACAUGAGGACACGCAAUGGAAGCAUUACUUCACGACCACUUUCACAAAUCAUUAUAAUGCGAACACCUGAUCAGAGUCCAACAAAACGCCAAACGACACCCACAGCCUCUCCAAAAAAGAAGCAAGGAUUUUUUUCACGUUUGUUCUCACGACGUAAGAGUAAAAACGAAACAUCAAGCAUAGAUGAGACCAAUUCAAAGUCUGGAGGCUCUAAGGCGACAAGUCCCUCAGGUAGCCGUGAACCAAGUAUUGGACAUUUCUCACUCAACGAUCCUAAUCGCACUUCCAUACGUUCUGGCAUAUCAAUACCAAACAAUUCUCCUGGACUUAGUCCACAGAAUAGUACAAACGCCAAUAAAGGUAGCAAGCCGGUGGGACGAAGUGUGAGCAGCGUAUCUGGGAAACGACCGGCACAUCUUAAUGCUGAUGUCAUACAUAUACCACUCAAAGGCGAUAGCGCAAGUAGCUUGCCACAGCAGGAAGCCUACUCUAAUGCUAGUACCAUAACGUUUGGUCAUCAACUUGAUCGUAAAACAAUAAGUGCACUACAAUUGGCAGACAUACCAAUUAAUGAUGGAAACAUUGAAUUGGUGGCCAUUGCUGAUCGCCAGAGCAUUAAGAAUCUGUGCGAGGGCGCUUAUGGGGUUGUCCUUGAUCCUGAUGUUGAUUUGUCAGAGGCAGAACAUUUCGCAUUAUAUACAAGCGUGCCGCCCGUUCCCUCAAAUGCAAGUGAUUGUAUCGAUCAUUUAAACUAUCAAGAACAAAUCGAAAGUGGUCAACUGUUGUCGGUCAAUGAGAUAGCGCGACGGUUGGCGGAAGCUAAUGGUCUGCAGUGAAGAGUUAAUCGACAUAUAAGAAAUACAUAUAGAAAAAUCAUUAAUAAUAGCUACAGGCAAUAAUAACUACGACUCUUUCCUGCUUUUAAAAACUGUUAAACUGUCAUUAAACAAGCGAACGAAAUUCUGAAAAAUUCCCCUUUUAUAGAUUUAUUUUAU